AUGAGCGCAUCGUUCAGAGCAACUCCGGUAGACGUGCGACACGAAGCAUCAAACACCACGCGAAGCUUCGUAGUGGUGCUGUCCGGCCUCAAGACGCAGUGGUGUGGCAGGUCUGGAUUCGCUGACAGCCGCUUCUCCAGUCCCAGGAAGCGUUUGAUGGCUGUUGAUCUGGACUCACCGAGACGCUGGACAGCGUACUUCUUCUUGGGCAGCGUCACAACAAAUCUGCCAGUUUCGUCACGAACCGUCGUCUCCUCGAACAGCUGCUCGCACGUGCGAACAUUUGGUCCUUCGAGCCGGAUCCGAAGGAUCCGGUCUGGCCAGGUUCGGGACACUUCGCGAAACGGACAGUUCAGUGCGAAGUGAAGGCCUGCUCGCGAAGAGCGGCCUGAAGUGAACGGUGCAGAAGCGCGCCUGGACAGUUUUGGUGCGUGCUGCGUGUGGACCAACGGACAAAAAGUGCACGGAAAAUCCGUGAAAAAAGUGCCAAAAAGUGCAAAAAAAAAUCAAAAAGAGCGAGGAUCACCACUGGCUCUCAUCAGAGAUGGGCCAGGGACAGGCAGGGACAAAAUUACAUUUAUUUGUGGAUCACAUUUAGGCUGGUAAAAUUGUGAAUUGAUCUCUCGCGCGAUCAGCUUUCAUCAUAAGACUUUCUUCUUCUUCUAAACAAAGUCAAUGUUAUGAAUUGAAAGAAGUUCUACCAUCGUUAUAUUCUUUAGUAAGAAAGGCUCUAUCUCACCCCAGGUGGGAUUAAAUCGGGUUUUUGAUACUGGUAAUGAAAAUGAUCAUUUUAACAGGAUUGGCCACACCCGGAGUGGCCAUUGCCCUGGGGAAGGUUCUUCCUGGAGGACAUUUACGGAAACAUACAAAUUUGGGCAAUAUGGGAAUCAAAAUUCAUGGUUUUUGAUACUGGUGAUGAAAAUGGCUAUUUUGGCAGGAGUGGCCACACCCGGAGUAACCAUUGCCCUGCGGAAGGUUCUACCGGGAGGACAUUUACGGAACCAUACAAAUUUGGGCAAUAUGGGUAUCAAAAUUCAUGGUUUUUGAUACUGGUAAUGAAAAUGGCCAUUUUGGCAGGAUUGGCCACACCCGGAGUGGCCAUUGCUUCGGGGAAGGUUCUCCCGGGAGGACAUUUACGGAACCAUACAAAUUUGAGCAAUAUGGGUAUCAAAAUUCAUGGUUUUUGAUACUGGUGAUGAAAAUGGCCAUUUUGGCAGGAUUGGCCACACCCGGAGUGGCCAUUGCCCUGAGGGAAGGUUCUACCGGGGACAUUUAUCGAACCAUACGACUUGGGGCAAUAUGGGUAUCAAAAUUCAUGUUUUUUGAUACUGGUAAUGAAAAUGGCCAUUUUGACCGGAUUGGCCACACCCGGAGUGGCCAUUGCCCUGGGGAAGGUUCUACCGGGAGGACAUUUACAGACCCAUACAAAUUUGGGCAAUAUGGGUAUCAAAAUUCAUGGUUUUUGAUACUGUUAAUAAAAAUGGCCAUUUUGGCAGGAUUGGCCACACCCGGAGUGGCCAUUGCCCUGAGGGAAGGUUCUACCGUUAGGACGUUUACGGAACCAAACAAAUUUGGGCAAUAUGGGUAUCAAAAUUCAUGGUUUUUUAUACUGGUAAUGAAAAUGGCUAUUUUGAUAGGAUUGGCCUCACCCGGAGUGGCCAGUGCCCUGGGGAAGGUUCUAUCGGGAGGACAUUUACGGAACCAUACAAAUUGGGGCAAUAUGGGUAUCAAAAUUCAUGGUUUUUGAUACUUGUAAUGAAAAUGGCCAUUUUGGCAGGAUUGGCCACACUCGGAGUGGCCAUUGCCCCGGGGAAAGGUUCUCCCGGGAGGACAUUUACGGAACCAUACAAAUUUGGGCAAUAUGGGUAUCAAAAUUCAUGGUUUUUGAUACUGGUGAUGAAAAUGGCCAUUUUGGCAGGAUUGGCCACACCCGGAGUGGCCAUUGCCUGAGGGAAGAGUCGCACCACUUUUUUUGCUCCUGCAAAUUUACUCCGCGCCAUCGCAAUUCGCGAGUUUCUGUGUGCCUCCGAAAGCCGCCAUCGCUGAGGACUUCACCAUUGCCGCUAGCCGCUGAAUUCACGGUAGGAUCCAUCCACGGGACUCCGGGGCUUCCGGAGACAACUUUGAAGCGAGCCACCAGCUCGUACAUGGUCCUUCGAGCAUCAGAAGCAGCAGCAGAAAACUACCGUCAGCGGACCGAUAGUGGACCAGUGGAAGAAGUGGAAGUUUUUCGUUCGGCGAUUUCGUUGGAUUUUCGGCACCAAAAACACAGCUGGCGACGCCGUGGCCUGCAUCGAAGGGGAGACUGGAUUUCGAGGUCAACUCUAGCGUCACUGAAGAGGUUGGUGGUGCGAUUUUUCGGUGGAUUUCGUGGAAGGAAGGCAAGCAGCAAGGCGUUUGCUGCGAACUUCGACGGAUUUGCAGUGCGAAGGUAAGCGAAGCGGUUCAAACUGUUCCUGUCGAAGGCUGCGAUCAGUUGGAGGUCACCGUACGAAGGCGUACCAGCGUUCCGGAUCCUGCAGCGUGCCUGGUCAACGGAUUACGGAAGCGGAUUUCGACGGAUCGACUCCAGCGUCGUUCGUAAGUUGAGGGAGCAGCUCAAGUAAGUCGCCAUUUUCUCACUUACCUCAUACAAAUACGAACUUUUGCCCGUUUUUGAACGUCCGGGCCAGCAACUUUCGACUGUUUUGACAGCAGUUCGUUAGUUUGCCGAACUUUUGUGGAUUUUCCGACCAUCCCGAUGUCGAAUCCACCGUCUCCGAACCAUCUCUUGAAGGCGGAGCUUCCGCCUGAUAUAAAGCUGCACGUGAUCGGGUGCGAUCAUGGGAACGCCUUUCUCGAGCGCGUUCGAAAGUUUUUGGAGGGUUACGAUGCGUCCAAAUUGGGACAAGCGCAGCUGCGCUUGGAGAAAAUGGACGAAACGUACAACGUGUUCAUGUCUCAGAUUCAAGCCUUGGAACUGGUGAACGACAGCCUUGACCCACUGUUGUCUAUUUUUGUGAAAGGAAUAUUUACUGGGUUAUUUUGAAUGCACCGUUUUUUUACGUGUUGCUAACCGUUUUAGAGUACCUCAGAGGCCAUGACUAGGGUCUUUAUCAUG